AAAGAAGGAGGAAAGCAUCCAAGUCUUUGACUUUGAAGAAGGCAAUUAAAAGUCAGAGUCAUGAAUUGAGCUUCGAGUAAAGGAGUUGCAAAUGCGAAAACAACAAUGAGAUGCUGGCACAAUGCGGUGAGGCGCAAGAAGAAGAAGCUGGCGGCGGCGGCGGCAGCGAGAAAAGGAUCAGGUGGGGCGGGAGGCGUGGCAGGGCCUCCAGAUGGAGAUGGCAUCUGCCAGGGGCAGCAACAAGUGGCCAGCGACACUUGGCUAACAACGCGGUCUGUCCCCCUUUUGUGGCUGCACUUGUUGCUCUUGGUCGCAUUUGCAAAAGACGCGGCAGCAGCAACAACUGCCACAAAUCCCGAGGCCACCACAACAACAUUAAACAACUAUACGACGACAACUUUAUCCGCAUCCACAUCCACGGCAACCACUUCAUCAGCAUCAGCAGCCGGGGAUAAAUUCUCAGGCAACUGGGCCAUUUUGGAGGACUCAUUUAAAAACACCGUUCGAAUUGGAGAUGGCAACACGGUCACGCGGACGACCAUCGAACAAUCGCUGGUAACGAUACACGACAUUGCCACUGAGAAUUUGGGGACAUUGUGCAUCUCGACUCUAUAUCGACCCCUACAAGUGCCCAUCAACUCGGAACGAUAUGAGAGCUCCAGACAGAAAGCCGAUUUGGCCGCCUCGAUACUUCAGGAAGUGGGCAUCAUUCGGCACGGCGGAUUGUCGGAUGCCUUGGCCAAGGGUCUGCUCACCGAUGACUUUAUAACAGGGGCCCGCAUUUUGGCCCUGAAUCUGACGAAUGGAGCGGUGCAGUCGUACGUUUGGUGGGUCAAAGGGGGUCAGGCGGAAACGCAGCGUUACGACGAGGAUGGUCUGCAGAUUGGCAAAAAACCCGCAGGCAGCUAUCCCUGGUUCGACGACGAGACAUCGACGCCCACACUGCGUUCCCCGAAAUUCGCGCCCAGUCCGCCCAACAAUUACUACAAGGGCUGGUGGACCUUCCCCUACUUCUCGUGCUCCCUCAGCCGCUGGCUGGUGUCCUACAGCAUCGCAAUCCCGCCGACUGGUCGGCACGGGCUAAGGGGCUUCAUCAGCAUCGACAUCGACUUGUCCACGCUGCGGGUUAACCAGUGCGAGGCGGAGCCCUAUCAAUUUGGCAGUCGCCGGCAGAAAUUGCAGCAACUGCAGCAACAGCAUCGCCUCUCGGCUCGGAGGUCCCCGUUUUUGGGCGGCAGGAUGGGGCUCAUUGAUGAGGGCACCAUCAACGAUCUGCAAGCAUUCCACAGCUCCCACAAGUGUCAUCGCACCUCCAUGGUGUGUGACUACCGUCAGCCGAGUGCGGAGACUCCGACAAUAACCGGAGGAAAACUGGUGACCUCGCUGACCGGGAGCAGCAGCUGGUCCCGGGGAUCCUACCAGUGCCUCUGCCGGGGGGGAUUCUACUCGCUGCGGCAUCCGGACGGAUUCAACGGCACCAUCAUGGAGAUUGCCUGGCAGGAGCAGCAGGACAAUAUAAGCAAUUACUAUACGGAGGUCUUCAAGUGUUUGCCCUGCGCCCCCGGCUGUGACACGUGCACGGGUCCGGAGCCGUGUCUGGCCAACUACCACUGGCCAUUCAGAAUAUCCCUGUUGACCAUAUCCAUUGGCUGUGCCUGCGGCACCUUUGUACUCGCCGGCUAUCUCUUCCGGCAUCGUCGCGUCAAGGUCUUCAAGGUGGCCAGCCCCAUUUUCCUGAUGAUCACGCUCAUCGGCUGCGCCAUCAUGUAUCUGGAGAUGGUAGCCAUAUUUCCGUAUUUGGAUACUACAUGGUGUAUCGCAACCAAAUGGACACGGCAUAUGGGUUUUUGCAUCACCUACACUUCGCUACUAAUGAAAACUUGGCGAGUUUCUUUGACUUAUCGUGUCAAGUCGGCCCACAAAAUAAAGCUGAACGACCAGCAACUAUUGCAGUGGAUGGUGCCCAUUUUAUUGGUUAUGCUGAUCUACUUGGGAACUUGGACCAUUUCGGCAACGCCAAAUGCUGAAGUGAUCUUGGACCAAAGUCGUUUGAAGUUUAAGCAGUGCUCGUACAAUUGGUGGGAUCACAGUUUAGCCAUUGGAGAAGUAUUCUUUCUGGCUUGGGGAAUUCGGGUGUGUUAUAAUGUGCGGAAUGCGGAGAGUCUGUACAACGAGGCGCGACUCAUCUCGUACGCCAUCUACAAUAUAGCCCUCGUCAAUAUUGCCAUGGUGGUAUUCCAUGUAAUGCUUUUUCCAAAUGCCGGACCCGAUUACAAAUAUAUGCUGGGAUUUGUGCGCACCCAGCUUUCGACGACCACCACCAUUGCCCUGGUAUUUGGGCCAAAGAUUUUGCGAGUUUUCAAGGGACAGGGCGACAAGUGGGAUCAGAAGGCCAAGGUUAGGAGCAUAACGGCUUCCUUCUCUCUAAAUGGAGUGGGUCUUGUGGCAGAAGAGUCGCCCGAUUUGUAUCAGGAGAAUGAGGAACUUAAGGAACAAGUCCAAAAGUUGGCCCACCAAAUUGAGUUCAUGAAGACUGUGCACAUGCAGAUGAACAACAGGCAUCUAAAGCCAAAGCCGGGCGGAUAUUUUACCAUAACAUCAACCUCGUUUCAAGCGCCCUACAGCAAGAACACGGUUUCUACGGCGCAGACGCAAACUGGGAAGGAUGAGACCAGUACGCCAACGAAAUUAAAAUCGCCCAAGGGCAAAGUCUGACGAGGUCAACGAAGUGUUAAAGAUUGCUCAAUAGAAGACGAUGGGAGGCAGGGCACCACCACCCUGGUGGAGGAUGCCAUUGAAUUUAAUUUCCACCAAUCGGACUCGGAGGAGAUGAUUACCCUGAAGGGAGAGCAGCGGCCAGGAUCAGAGGAGGCGGCCUUGAUCGCCCAGUUUCGCCGCCUCUUUGCGCCCAUUUUGGAUGAUAGUUUGAACCUGUAUUACCAACUCAACGAUCUGGAUGACGCGGAGCACGUGAGGAUCCAUCAAACGGUCGCCCAGUUGAAUGAGCUGACCAGCAGCGAGGAGGAGACGAUGGUUACCCAGGUGAACAGUCCAACGCCACCGGUGGAGGUGGAGCUAAUGCUGCCGUUUUCCAGCGACGGCAGUUCCACGGCCAGCAGUUCCCUCUACGCGAUCCACACCCCGUCUCCGGCUCAUCCCAGUGGUCUGCUCCUGAUGCCCCAGAACUUGGAGUCACCAGUGAUGUCCUGCAGCGAUGCCAUUACGAUCACCGAGCAGGUGCAACUGCACAAUCCGCCGCAUCAUCUGCAGCUCCUCGAGGAUGAGAACAACACAUCCUGUUCGCUUUCAUCGAAUCUGACGGAUAGCAAAACCCUGGAUGGCCGUACACCCAUUGUAGUCUGA